GCGCCAGUCAAGGAGGAGCGAGAGCGUGCUGUCCGCAGCAAGAAUACCAGUAUGAUGAUGAUAGGGAGGGAUCACAAAGAAUACAACUCGAGAGAUCGCCUCCAAAGUUUCUAAUGGAGACAAGUCGGGAGCCCGUAACACCGCAAUCAAGUCUGCGAGGCUCUCCUCUGGAAGUGAAAGACGUUGUCGGCCUGUCUCCCCUCGAAGACGUCGGUCAGCGCGAGAAGAUGGAGAGGAGGCGGGCGGCCCUGGAGAAGCACAGUAGGAUCUUUGGGCACCUUCCACCAGGCUAUCACGUCAUGUGAGCUUGUUGGUAAUGUUAGUUUAUUAUCCUUCUCCUCCUGCCGUCGGUGCCUUUGGAUCUGCCCGUCGCCAAGAAGUACAAGGUCCUUGUCCUCUCUCCCCCCCUCUCUUCUCUCUCCUCUUCCCUCAAGUAUCGGGCUCGCAUCGGAAGGCCGCGGCGUUCGCCUGAGGACAUGUAACUUAGCGCAAUGGCUGAGGGUGCGAAUGAAAACCUUGAGCCAGUG